AUGUCGCUCGUCCACCUCGCCAACAUCUGCUCGCACCUGCAGAACGCGUCGCGGGGCCGGCUGGGCCUGACGUCGAUCCCGCUCACGAAGCUGCACCUGACGCUGGCGCUGGGCCUGCAGAAGCAGGGCUUCAUCUCGACGGUGCAGCCGGGCGGGCCCACGCCGCCGCCGACGUUUGCGCUGCGCGAAGCCCCUUCGCACGGCCCGUCCGACGAGGCGCUGGCCGCGGAGCCGUGGCGCGCCUACCCGGACCCGCCAAGCUCCCGGUCCGACGCGACGAAGACGACGACGACGACGACAAAAACAUCAUCACCACCACCGACAUCCCGCUCGAAUCCGGACGAGGGGGAGGCGGCCCCGGCGAUCCCCAAGAACAAGGCGCUGCAGCGGCUGUGGCUGGGGCUGAAGUACUGGAACAACGAGCCCGUCCUCAACCGCAUGACGCUCGUCAGCAAGCCCACGAAGCGGAUAUGGCUGAACUCGAGCGACCUGGGCGUCAUCGUCCGGGGCUUCGAGGCCAACCAGGUCAAGGGCCUGACCAGGCCCGGAGAGUGCCUCUUCGUCACCACCGACAGGGGUGUGCUCGAGGCCAGGGAGUGCGCGGAGAAGAAGCUGGGAGGCAUGGUGCUGUGCAGGGUGCGGUGA